UGCAGCAUCUCCAGAUAUUGACUGAGAUAAGAAAUUUUUUAGGAAUGAAGUGUGUAAACAUCUGCAUAUUGUGGUGAGAAAAUAUAAAUUAUGGAAAGUGAAUUGUGUGAGAUGUAAAAUGCUGACGGAAAGUAUUGACUUUAAUGGGGAGGUGCCAAAAGAAAAAGGAAAGAAAUCACACCGUUGUGAUAUUUGUGAAAAGGUAUUUGUUCGAAAAGAAAGCCUCACAAUUCACAAACGUAGUCAUACAGGAGAGAGACCGUAUCACUGUGAUAUCUGUGGAAAAUCAUUCUCUCAAAAACACAACUUAACUAAACACAAGUGCAUUCAUACAGGAGUGAAACCAUAUCACUGUGACAUCUGUGAUAAAUCAUUCUCUGUAAGUAGUGAUUUAACUAGACACAAUCGUAUUCACACAGGGGAGAAGCCUUUUCACUGUGAUAUCUGUGGUAAAUCAUUCUCUAAAAAUUUUGUCUUAACUAAUCACAAACGCAUUCAUACAGGGGAGAAACCUUACCAGUGUGGUAUCUGUGGCCAAUCAUUCUCUGCAGGUGGUUCCUUACAUAAGCACAAGCGCAUUCACACAGGAGAGAAACCUUACCGAUGUGAUAUCUGUGGUAAAUCAUUCUCUCAAAAUGAUCGAUUAACUAACCACAAACGAAUUCACACUGGAGAGAAACCUUAUGAAUGUGACACGUGUGGUAAGUUAUUCUCUCAAAAUUCUGCCUUGACUGAACACAAACGCAUUCACACAGGAGAGAAACCCUAUCGGUGUUGUAUCUGUGGCCAAUCAUUCUCUGCAGGUGGUUCCUUACAUAAGCACAAGCGCAUUCACACCGGUGAGAAACCUUACCGAUGUGAUAUCUGUGGUGAAUCAUUCUCUGUAAAUGAUCAAUUAACUAAACACAAACACAUUCACACAGGAGAGGAGCCAUUUCAAUGUGAUGUUUGUGGUCAGUCAUACUCUACAGCAAGUUCCUUGAGUACACACGCGCGUAUCCAUACAGGAGAGAAACCAUAUCAGUGUGAUAUCUGUGGUAAAUCAUUCUGUCAAAAUCAACAGGUAAUUUCACAUAAACGUGUUCACACUGGAGAGAGGCCGUUUCACUGUGAUGUGUGUGGCCAGUCAUUCUCUGAAAGUAGUAGCUUAACUAAACACAAACGCAUUCAUACUGGAGAGAGACCAUAUCACUGUGAUGUCUGUGGUAAAUCAUUCUCUCGAAACGAUCACUUAAAUAAACACAAAUGCAUUCAUAGAAGAGAGAAAGCUUAUCACUCUGAAUGAAACACAGGUGUUUUCAAACAACGGAGGAAACGUAUCACUGAUAUCUGUUGUAAAUUGGUCUCCCAAAACUCAACUUAAAUUAAUACAGAUGUGCAUUCAUACAGGUGAGAAACCAUAAAUCAUUGACAACUUUGGGCAACUAUUUAAUCAAAUGGCUAAUUUGAUUAAAAAUAAAGGUAUUUAUACAAGGGAUGUUCUAUAAUUACGAGACAUGGACAUGCAUAUCUGGAUUCUGUUAAUUUCAUAACAUUCUGUUACGUUUUCUUUUAUUGCCAGUCCAUGUGUUCUUGUUUCAUUUCAGCUGCUAUUUCUUGUGGGGCAAAUUGUAAAUAUUUCACUCUGUCCCUUUAAUUUCCUUUUUUUUAUUUACAAAUAAAAAACUCCCUUAUAUUUAUAUCAUUUACUUUCUCUAAAUCCUUUUUUUUUUUAAACCUCCCUUUUUGUUCUUACUAAAUUCUUUUGCAUCUUCUGGAAGGGUCUUGUGAUUUGACUGUUUUCCUACUUAGUAAGUAGGAAAACAGACUUUGGUUUUUGUUAAAUUAACCCUAAAGUCGUUAGAUUCCUGGCCUUGUUUCCACUUGGGAAACUUCUUCCCUAGGUCAGGAAGUGAUCCAGCGUAUAUGAACAAGGUCAUCAGUGUAGAGAAGCUCCCAGGGAUAGCCAGUCAUGAAUUCUUCUGUUAACACCUGAAAGACUAAGAUAAACAAGAUGGGGCUUAGAACUGAUCCUUGGUAAACUCCCACUUGUACACUGAAUCCAUUGCUAUUCUCAUUGCUAACUUUCACCUGACUAGCAGCAUCCCUGCAAAUAGUUUGUACUGCUCUCACUAACCACAGCUUCCACAUUGACCAUCAGAUAAGGGAGUAGGGAACACUGUCGAAGGCUUUCUCCAAGUUUAGAAAAUCUAGGCACAGAGUUUUAUUUUUGACGAAACAUUUGUUCUGUAGUUGCCUAACCAGGAAUACAGCAUCAGUCGUGCUCCUGCCUGGCACAAAUCUGAACUGCAUCUCAUCUAUGUUAACUCAUUCCCUAGUUAAUUGACUAAUGACCCUUUCUGUGACUUUCAUCACCUGUCCAGCAAUUUGAUACCUCUGUAAAUAUCUAAGGCGUCACCUUUGCCUUUGUAGCAGUUGACUGUGAUGUUACACCAAUUGUCGGGUAUGACCCCUUUGUGGACAACCUGGUUAAGUAUACGGAUGACUAGGCUAUAUCCUUCUCUGUGAGAUAUUUUAAGCAUCUCAGCAGUAAUUCCUGACAGGCCGAGGGCUUUCCCUGUCUUCAUAUCCUUAAUUGCUUUAUCUACCAAGCUACUGUCGAUUCUGAUAGCUGGGUCAACAUUUGCAAGACUAUCCUGCAUUCAUUCAUUCUCCGCUUUUAAUAGCCUUUCCAAGCAGAAUAAUUUUAAUAGCAUUUCCAAGCCUCUUUCUUUGCAGAAUCAUUAAAUGUACCAUCAUCCAUAUGGACACAUUUCUCUCCCAUGACAUCACAGUUUUCUCUCACACAGUCUUGCAAUCCAAAACACUUCAAGUCUUUUGUCUUCACAUUGCAGAACAUUGGGAAAUGUUCUCUCCAAAGAGACAGGUAACUACACAUGUAUGUAUUCAGAGAGAAGAGCAACUGUAUUAAUAUUAUAAAUGCUUGAGUGAAAAAAAAUAUUUUAGUAGCAAUAAAUGUCUUGACACAGCAAAGAAGAUCUCACAGUGUCUCUUAUUAACUCUAUACAUGACUAAAAGCACAGCUGCCCAAAUGCUUGUCUUGCUGUUUUAUGCCCAGAACCAGUGAUAUUUUGCAGCCCCUUGUAUUUGAAUAUGGUGGCAUUGUUUUUCAGAUAAUUGUUCUUGUGCAGUUCUAUGUUGAAGCAAAGGGAGGAAUGGAGGAAUUUCAACCAUGUUUCGUGGUCUGCUACCACAACAGCUCCUUUAUAGGAUCCAGUUAGCUCAAGACAUCAUCAGGAGGAACCACGUCCGGUUUCGGCUCCUACUCCUCUACCGUUUUGACGUGGCGGGGCCCCUCCUUGUGCUACAGUUUCCGUUUUGGUCUUCUGAAGAAUCUCUGACAAAGGUGAUGGCAUCUGUCAGCAUCUGCCUACCAAAAAUGUUGUCAUUGCUUUUGUCCCUGAUAUGGUGGAAAUGCAUUGCAGCUUGUCUUUGUGAAAUUACACAUUCUUCUCUUCCUUGCAUGACAAAUUGUUCAAAUGGUGAACUAAAAUGUUUAUUAUUGCAACUGAACAGAAAAGGAUAAAUAUGCUUUCUUUCAGCAAUCCUCAUUUGGAACAUUUCGAAAAAAUUAUCAUAAUUUCCAAAAUAAUUCACAUAUGAAGAAAUUUUAAAUACUAUAUAUUAUUUUAGCUCCUAAGAAUCCU